UUAUGUCACAAGUCACAUGAUCGUCCGCGGAACGAGUUUUGAAAAUGACCUUUUGAUUCAAUUCAGCAGUUUAUAGAAUUUGAUAGGAUUAAUGUUAAAAGAUUCAAUGUAUUGGUCUAAUAAUUGUGGCCAGUUAUUAAUUGUUGAAUUUAAGUUUGGCAAGAAUUUGUCUUAAAGAGACCGGUAUUUUGUGUAGACAUGAAGCAAGAUAAUCAAAAAAUUCUUAGACAUAAUGCACGAGAUCUACAGAAUCAUAUUUUAUCACCUAGUGUUGUCAGUGAAGAAGAUACACCUCUACUUGCUGGCAUACGUGGCUCUGGGCGGGGAGCUAAAGACUACGUGAUUGGAGCAGAUGACGUGCCGAUACCAACUACCAAGUCUCGUCAGUACGUUGCAGCUCUGUCAGCCACGCUGGGGCCGUUCGCGCUGGGGACGGUGCUGGCGUGGACGGCGCCCAACGGCACCAAGCUGGUGCGCUCGGACCUGAACCCGGGGCCCGGCCUGCUCACGGAGGAGCAGUGGACGUGGAUCGGGUCGCUGGUGAACGUGGGCGCGGGCAUCGCGGUGCUGGCGGUGGGCUACUUGGUGGACGCGGUGGGUCGCAAGCGCACCAUGCUGGGCCUCGUGGCCCCCUUCACCGCGGGCUGGCUGCUGAUCGCGUGGGCCGACCAGGCGGUGCCACUGUACUACGUGGGGCGCCUCCUGACGGGCAUGGCGGGAGGGGCGUUCACCCUCACCGUGCCCAUCUACAUCAGCGAGAUAGCAGAGAGCGACAUCAGGGGCGUGCUCGGCACCUACUUCCAGCUCAUGUUCACGUGCGGCAUCCUCUUCGUGUACGUGCUGGGCGCCGUGCCUGCAGUGUCGGUGUUUGCCCUGAACAUGGCGUGUGCCGCCGUGCCCGUCCUGUUCGGCCUGAUCUUCGUCUUCAUGCCGGAGUCCCCGGUGUACUACGUGAAGAAGGGCUGCGGCAACAAGGCGCGCAGGUCUCUCCGCUGGCUUCGAGGCAAGCACUACGACCCGGAGCCCGAGCUGCAGGAGAUACAAGACGUAGUCGACCUGAUAGCAAGCGAGAAGCUGUCCUUCAGCGAAGCGUUCAAGACCCGAGCAGCCAGGAAGGCGCUAGGGGUCUGUUUGGGGCUGAUGUUCUUCCAGCAACUCAGCGGCGUGAACACUGUCAUCUUCUACGUCUCGUUUAUUUUCAAGUCAUCUGUUGAGAUGACGUGCGGUGUGGUGGUGAUGGCUGCAGUCGGCUGGCAGCGCGGUGCAGCCGGCGACAGCCACGGUGGCGGUGGGUGUGAUCCUGGUGCUCAGCACGGUCGCUGCCACGCUGCUGGUGGACCGCGCCGGCCGCAGACUGCUGCUGUGCGUGUCCGGCCUGAGCAUGGCAGCGUGCAUGCUGGCGCUGGGCCUGUUCUUCCACCUGGAGGAGCAGUUGGCCGGACUGGGCUGGCUGCCCGUCGGCGCCGUGUGCGUCUUCGUGGCCACCUUCAACCUGGGCUACGGCUGCGUGCCUUGGCUCAUGGCCGGCGAGCUGUUCCCCCUGCGCAUCAAGGGCGCCGCCGUGUCCCUCGUCUGCCUCGCCAACUGGCUGCUCUCCUUCCUCGUCACCAAGUUCUUCUCCCGCCUGCUGCUGCUGUGCGGCUGGGCCGCCACCUUCUGGCUGUUCGGCGCCGCGUCGCUGCUGGGCACGGCCUUCGUGGCGCUGUGCGUGCCGGAGACCCGGGGCAAGUCCCUGGAGGACAUCCAGCGCGAGCUGGGGGCCGGGCCCGCCCCCGACACGGAGCUCGUCAGCCCGCAGCUCAAGCCUCGACCCUAGUUUCAUGUGCUGAUGUUAACCUGCAAUAGUCUAGUUUCAUCUUCUUAGUAGUUGUGGUGCUCGUACAGUGUAGUUCAGCAGGAAAUGAGUUUAGUUGACCCAUAAAUUAUUUGGUUUGCAAUCUCACGCUGUUUAGUUUCGUUAAACAAUAUACAUGGUUAAAUAUAAUUUUUUUUAGCGAUGUUAACUGACUUCACAUCAUCCGGCACAGUAGUUAUGUUUUUUCACUUCUUUCGACAUGUUUCUAGUCAUUCAACGUAUCGUUGCCAUAAUUAUGUUUACGUUACCCUAAAAUACAGAUUUUUUUUUUGUAAUCACUAUGCUAAUAAUUUCAUGGAAUUGGCUGCAUUAUCGACUGUUUCUAAAAUGGGCUGCAAAUAUCCUUUUUCACGUUCAAAUAUUCUGUAACUGACAUCGUAAAAAAGUAACAAACGUACGAAAUAGAUGUCUAUUAUUUUACUGUCUGCCUAGUUGAAAAUAAGCACAUGUGAAGUGAAAACAAAUGAACACAAGUGAGGAAUGAACUUAGACUAAGAACAGUACAUGGUUGUGUGUUACGUCACUGUCGUUUAAACCUCAUAUUAGCAUACAUAAACUCUGAAUAAUAUGCUCUCUCAAACUUGGUUCAUUAUUCGCAGUAUCAUUGUAUACAGCAAUGAAAAUCUUGAAAAGAAGCAACUCUCCUAAUUAAACCUAAAAUACUGUAUUUACCUGCGUAUGGGUCACAUAUUUUAUGCCAAUUUUUAGUGUGGAAAACGUAUUACGAUCCAUAUGCGAAUUUAUGUUAAAAAAAUAAAUUGUACUGUGUGGUUGAAUUUGUGGGUAAAUAACUUACCUAUGUUGGUUUUUAAUAAAUAUAACUCCACUAGUAAGUUUAAAUUGUAGAAUCAAAAUAUUUUGGUAGUCGUGUGAAAUUAUGUGAACAGUGCAGUUAUUGUGUGUGUGCUGUGCCGCCGCCCGACUGGUCAUGGCACCGGCUGUGCUGCGAGGAGAGGAGGGGAGGGGAGGGGAGGGUAAGAUCCACAAAUAAACUCUGCAACUCUGUAACAAAAUAUUAUAUUUUUUUGCCCAAAAUUAAGGGCGUGACUUUUCUGCAGGUAAAGACAGUACACAGUUGCGGGGGUUAAUAUGUGUUACGAAAUAACAUGUGCUCCUCAGUAAACAAAAUUCCAGCAUGCAACAUUUUUGAGCUAGUAGAAGUUACCUCUUUAGAAAUUAAUAAAUUACUUACCAUAUAAAAUAUAUGUGAUAUGAAUUAGUAUUAAAAUAUGCAGAAUGGGAGUUGCUUGAGUUAUUUUUAAAUCAAUUUUAGCUCUAAUAAUGUGUACACUAGGACAAAAGAAAAUUGUUUUAGAACUACUUUGUAGUAGGCUAUAGGCAUAUGAGUUUUCUAGUUUAUUUGCAGUAAACUAGGGUUUAUGGAUCAAAAACAGUCGUCAUAUAUUUUACCCAUAAACGCUGCAACUCUUCUGCAUGAAUUGUAAAUACUUAAUCGUAACUACAUGCCAUGUUUUACUGUUUUACACACAUGGUAUCAUUCUUGGGGGAUUUCAACUAGAGAUGGACGAGUUGAGGUUUUUUGGCUUCGAGUCAAGUCGAGCCGAGUUUAGCAAUUCAUAUGUCGAGUCGAGUUCGAGUCACAAAAUUUUUGAAGAGGUCGAGUCAGUUCGAGUCAGUUCGAGUUUCAUAAUUUUAUAAUUUUUUGCGUCGAAUAUGAUAAAUAAAAUAUUACUACACCCAUUGAUAUAAAAAUUGUGUAUCCAAGAUGCAUCUGCAUUAUUUAAAUAUUUUAAAUGAUUAAUUAGCAAAUCAUUAUGUUAUUUAAAUAUUUUAAAUGAUUAAUUCAAAUCAUUAUGUUAUUUAAAUAUAGAAAACUAAGCUUUAUUUCAGCAUGAUUUCACAGUAUCUUUAAUGUAGCUAUCCUAACCAUAUCAACCGUCCACAAUGUUUUAAAGUAUUUAUAAUGUAGCUAACCUAACCUAAUUGACCAUAGUUAUCAUGAGUUGUCCAAAAUAAACAUUCACGGACACACUGCAAACGAAAAAUAUGGCGGCGUACAAAUAAAUACAGUUUCCUUGUUUAUGGUAUUUCCUUUUAUCAACACCGCAAUAUUUAUUUACAAUGAACAAAAAAAAAACGAAGAUAUACAAUCGGGAGUUUGGCUUUUUCAUCCGUGAAAAGGCUUCCAGAGUUACGUAACUUUUUUUUUUCCGAUCCACCGGCAGAUCCCCACAUGAACAAACAGCUCAAGGGAUAUAGGCCUUGUCACAUUGUCACAUUCUCAAUGUAAAUACACUUUCCGCGGCAAGAUUAUUCGCCCGGAACUUGUUACAACUACAAGAAUAUCAAUAUGUUUUUAAAUAAAUAUUUCAUGCAUUUGAUUUGGCGAUCAGUAACUGAUUGCCAAAUAAAAUGCAUGGGUGUUGUUAUUAUGAUAUUUUAUUCAAACAAAAAGAAAGUAAUUUUAUCCUAAACGUUAUUGACAUGCAGCGCUGCGUAGCGGAGCACAGCUAAAUUUAGUUCCAAAAUGCAAGGCUGGCUGGCCUUACACGCAGCCAUUUUCACGCUUCACGGCUUGGUGUUAUUUACUAAAUAUUACAAUAUAAUUAUUUUAUGUUUUUAUUUUUAGGUUACGGAAAUCUCUUGUUUAUACGAGUUAUUAUAAACGGGGCACGAUAAACGGGAUGAUUAUUAAUAUAUGUGCGUUUUGCAACAAAUUUUUCUUCAGUGAAAAUCCAUUGACGUAUUUUGUAAACAAAUGCGGGUACCGGAUGAAAAACAAAAUGAAAACAGUGCACGCUGUUUUCCAAGCAUUUUUUUUAUAUAAAAUGGUCAUGUGACAUAAUUUUGUCCUAUAAACUGUAGCCACUAUCGACAAAAUCACGUUACGACAUCACGUUCAUAAAUGAAGGUAGGCCUAGGUUUGGUUGCACUUGUACCGUAUAGCGCCGUAGCACGGUAGCGGGCAAGGUUAGGUUUGCACGGGAUUUGUUUUGUUUGAAGGUCAUUAUCAAUUCUUGCUGUAUUAAUGACUUGGCGAAAACGUCAAGACAACCUAUAAUAAAGUGCUAUAAUGUCACGAUGCUGGUACUUAACUCGAAACGUGUUUCGAGUCUCGAACUUGAUCAAAUAUGUGACUCGGUUUUCGAGUCGAGUCAAUCUGACCCAACUCGGCUCGGCUCGGCUCGACUCGAUAAACCAAGACUCGACCCAUCUGUAAUUUCAACUAUUAGGAUUACCUCUGCAAGAAAGUAAAGAAACCUAGUAUUUAUGUGUCUCCUUUGUCAUGCGUAGCCAUAGACUUUCACAUACACGUCCGGCCCGUAUGUUGUUGUCCCCACGUCUUUUGAAAUACGAACAAACCACACACACACUUUUAUUAAGAAAGCCAAUUUCCUGAGACAGCUAAAGCCAGGUUCAAUAUUGAAUGAAUAAAAACAUAAUUGGGUUGUCCAUGACAACUUAUGUUCCAGCAUCAACAUAUUUUUAAAAAAUGUUUUUGACAGCAGUGCUUCCACCGGCAGUUAUUAUAACUACUUAUCUCUGCCCCAUUCCAAAUUGUCCAUCGGCAAACCAACAAACAUCAUGUUCAUUUCAUAAAAAUAGUAUGUACUUAUACGUAUAUUAUAGGCUUGACUCGGUUAUCAAUGCAAAAGAUGUAAAAUACUGCAUAACAUUUGUAUGUUUGCUAUUCCGCCUUUAUUUAGUUCUUACUGGAGUACGAGCUCUUAGGUAGUUGAGUGUUUUCUUUACAAAACAUGUUUAUUAUUGUUAUAUUAUUAAAGCACCAGCUCUUUAGUGGUUGUGUGUACUCCGGUAAGUGAGCCUUGAAUUUAAAAUUGUAUGAAUAUUUGAUAAGAUUUUAUUGAAUUAUUGAUAUUCAUUUUGUGGAACAUAUUCCGUCCUUGUAAGGUACAAAAUGUUUGUACUUGUAGUUUCGUUUAUACUGUAUGGUUUAUACUUUUUUGUACACACUGUUUGUAAUUGUUAUGUUUGAUGUUAAGAAAGUGUAUUUUUUGUACUUAGUGUAUUUACAAUUUGUAAUUUAACGUAAGACACCUUAGUAUGUUAGUUUCUCAUAACCAAGCAAACUGUAUGCACUAUUGAUAGAUUUAUAGUGUAGAACUGUAGACAAUCUGCUUUGUAGCUCAACAAUGUCUAAUUUGUUGAGAGGAAGACGACUAGUGCGGAGGUGGUAGUUUGACCAUGAGCCUUUACGGAGCAGAAGGAAACAAUAGUGUUCUUCUGUUAUGUUGCUAGUGACGAAAAUGAGUAAUUCUAAAAGGAAAGCCUUAAUUAAUUGAAAUAUUUUAAAUACAUUACUGCUUAGAAAUUUAUAAACAUUAAUAACCAUUGUGAUCUGGUAGUGUUGGGCCGAUUCCUAAAAUAUGCCGAUUCUGAUUCCAUUUUCGAUUCUUAAAUUAAAGGGUCGAUUCUUCGAAUCCGAUUCCGAUUCCUUAAUUUUUAUCUGACAAUGUUCAACAGAGUAAUAUCCUCAGAAAAAAAAAGGUUGUUUAUGAUUUUAAAAAUGUAAUUGCGUUUUUCAUUUUCUGUGCAGAAAUUAACAUUAUAUACAGCUUAUAUAAUGUUAAAAAGUAUGUUCAUUACCAUCAAGUUACAUUACCUUGAACUUCUAGCACAAUUUGGCCUUUUACCCUUGCAUAUAGUUAGACGAAACACGUGUUCAAACACUGCCAAUAAUCAAAGAUGUCUUAUGACGUAAAUUGUAAAUAAUGUUAUAACUUAACCAACUUUAGAUACCUUACAUUAUCAACUCAAUUAAUUAAUUGUAAAAAAAGAUGUUUGUACGGUUAGGUUAAGAAUUUUAUUUUCAAGCACAACUAAAUAAUGAUCAAAAUAAAAUGACAAUAUAACCUCGUUUAUACAUAUUUCAAGGGACCAGGGCAAAAAAAAUAGAGGGAAAUGUAAAAAUAAAACUUUAUUAUUUCAUUAUGAUGGAAAUUACAAGAAACAAAUAUGCACCACACUAAAAUAAAAUGUCAGUGAUGCUUACGUUUUAAUAUAUUACCUGGAACUUAAUUAUCUCACUUGGUGAAGACAUUAAAUUCACCCAGUCUUGCAGUUCUUCACAACCGUAAAGAGAAAAUAAAUUUUCGGUUCUUGAGUAAGAAAGUUCUGUGCAUGUUUUAGCAUCUCAAAAUUUCCACAUUUUAUUGUGAGAUUUUCUUACACAAAAUAUUUAAACUCUUCAAAUAAUCACGUGUUAACAUUUAAUUCAUUUCAGAAAUUUAUCGGAAACAAUUCUGUUAAACUAACACAACUACUUUCAAAAGAUUGUUUAUGUAUGGUAAUAAAAGUUUACGAACGUUUCAGCAGCAAUGUUUGGAAAUUCAGAUUAGCCAACUGCCUUUUCAAAAUAUAUCUAAUGUAAAACGAGCAUCGCUGAACAGGCACAAGAACGCCAAUUUACAGCAAUUUGGUUAUGUUGCUUUUAAACUUAUUUUAAUAUGGUCACAGUAAUCCACUGUGAAUUUGGGUAAAAUCUCAUUCAAAAAUUAUUUCAUUUUAAUUCUUUAAAGUUUAAAGUGCAGAGAUGUGAAACAUCUUAAUUUUCACGUUCACGUCACCAAAGAUUUGGUUCAUGGCCGUAUGGUUUACCAUGGCAAGUAGCACAAACAAAAAAUUAAGUUGUUUACAAUGGCAAAUGUAGCUGCCAUGAUCAAAUAGUUAACGUUUAUAUUAUUUUACUUGCCGUUUACAUUUACAUAAUUUUCUUUAAACAUUUAUGGUUUUGUCUAAUUAUUUUUGAAGGUUUACUAUUAAAUGCAGUGCUGCUGCAACGUAAUUUCCGAAAAAUGCUUUCGCUUUUAAAGCGGGAAAGUAUGUACUGCAUUUGUACUGUAGGGAAAAUGGCGGUGCAAGUAAAUAAAUACGCUAAUCACCGUAAUUUGUAAAUCAGUUCGUAAAAAAAGAUUAUAUUAUGUAGUUUAAAAAUUAUAUUUUCAUGCAUUUUAAUAUUUUUUUACGUUGCGUAGGAGAUGUAUUUUGCGAACUUAAAAACAAUGCAGGAAUCGGUCAUGGUCAAUUCCAAAACCAUUGUAUUCUGAAUCCCACGAUUAUACUGGAAUCAGUGGAACCGACCCAUGACUAUGGUCUGGUGUUGUUGGGCUUGAAAGCGUAGAUUGUUCGUUAGGACGCCGCCUCGUGAAAGACGUGGUUACUGGCUGCGAAAUAGCCCAUGUGGGUGAAAGACUCGACCACCCCUGAUUUCCUCCGACCACGAGACCUGGCCCUCCCUGAACGUCAGGCUUGCACCCCACACGCCUCCGUCCCUAAAGUCUUCCGUAAGAGGCGUUUAACAUACCUAUUUGAUCUGCAUUCAUUAUUCCGAUUUCACAUAGAAUUCAAAUAAAACAGUUUUAAAAGUGCAAAGGAAAGGAAUUGACUUGAACGUGGUUUCAACAAUUUUGAGUUUGCGUUUUUUUAUUUUUUUUUUUAAAUUCUGAAAACCGGAGUAAGUACUUUAAACAGCCUGCCACGUGAAGUAAGCCCCGAGGAAGAGGCAGGACAGAUGGAGCGUGCGAGAGUGACUUGCUCGAGGUGCUGUGUUGGCUGGCUGUCUGGAGAGACGGGUGGUUGUCGCUCAUGACGGCUAAACGGUUGUUAUGCUGACUGCAAAUCCAUGCUGAGGGCAAAACCAAGUUAACCCUUUAAAAAGCCACUGUACAUGAUUGUUUACUUAUGCCUUUAAUCAAAAACCUAAAAAAAAAAAAAUAGUUUGACUGGGUGCCUUAGGAAAGGUUUGUGACUGGACGGCUCCAUCAUUAUUUAAAUGACUGAAACAAACUUAUACACUGACAUAAAAAGCAAAGUUUACAAUGGUACUGGGUCUACGUGGCUGAUUGUUAGGAACUGACAAAAAUAAA